AUGGGAGAGGAAAUGGAGAGGACAUGGAGAGGACAUGGGGAGGACAUGGGAGAGGACAUGGAGAGGACAUGGAGAGGACAUGGAGAGGACAUGGAAGAGGACAUGGAGAGGACAUGGGGAGGACAUGGGAGAGGACAUGUAGAGGACAUGGGAGAGGACAUGGAAGAGGACAUGGAGAGGACAUGGGGAGGACAUGGAGAGGACAUGGGAGAGGACAUGGAGAGGACAUGGGAGAGGAAAUGGAGAGGACAUGGAGAGGACAUGGGGAGGACAUGGGAGAGGACAUGGAGAGGACAUGGAGAGGACAUGGGAGAGGACAUGGAGAGGACAUGGAGAGGACAUGGGAGAGAACAUGGAGAGGACAUGGGAGAGGACAUGGAGAGGACAUGGAAGAGGACAUGGAGAGGACAUGGGACAUGA